UUCAUUCUGGUAGACAGAAUAGAAAAGAUGCAAGAUUAACCCCCUUACUUCAUCUUCUUCUUCGUUUUGAAGCCUAAAGAGUAUUUAAUACCAAACCUUCCUUCCCUAUUAAAACUUAACCAAAUCACAACCAUCAACAACUAAACGAGGUAAUUUCCCCCAAUGGCGUUUCUUCCCCAAUGUUUUUUAGGGUUUCUGGCGCGUAUAAACAAAACAAGGUAUUUUCCCCCUUAUCUUAGCUCAUCAAUCUCAUAUUUUCAAUUCUCAACCCUUUAUGCUCAACAUAACACUUCAAACAAUAAUCCAUCACCACCAUCAUCAUCAUUAUCACGUAAUGUUAAACAAUCUGAUAUUGACGAAUUUCAUAUCCUUAAUGAACUCUCUAAUCUGUUACCAAUCUCCCACAAACCCAUAGCUGCUGCUCACACAUACCAACCAACUAAACAAAAUGAUAAUAUAGAACCCGGUGUUGUUGCUGACCGCUGUCUAUCGCCUGAAGAGAAAUUAAGAGGGGUUUUUCUGCAAAAAUUGAAGGGUAAAUCAGCCAUUGAAAGUGCUCUAGAGAAGACUGGUGUUGAUUUGAGUAUGGAUGUUGUUGCUAAUGUCCUGAAUUGGGGGAAUUUAGGAGGUGAAUCCAUGGUUACUUUUUUUAAUUGGGCUAUAAAAAGUCCCAUGAUUCCUAACGACAUUCAUACUUACAAUGUGCUUAUUAGAGCACUUGGUAGAAGAAAAUAUGUGGACUUUGUGAUGAAAAUUUUGAUCGAUGUUAAGGUUCGAGGUAUAGAUGUUAAUUUGGAGACUUUGUCCGUUGUUAUUGAUAGCUUCCUUAGGGCUCGCCGAGUUUAUAAAGCUAUUCAGCUAUUUGGAAACUCUAAAGAAUAUGGGUUUGGAUAUGAUACUGAGUCUUUGAAUGUGCUUUUGCAGUGUCUCUGUAAGAGAUCGCAUGUGGGUGCUGCAAAUUCUUACUUUAACUCAGUGAAGGGGAAGAUACCAUUUAAUAGUUCGACCUAUAAUAUUAUUAUAGGUGGGUGGUCUAAAUUUGGUAGAGUUACUGAAAUGGAGAGAGUUUUGGAGGCAAUGGUUGAAGAUGGUUUUGAUCCUGAUUGUAAUACUUUUAGUUGCUUGCUUGAGGGUUUAGGAAGAGCUGAUAGGACUGAAGAUGCUGUUAAGAUGUUUAACAAUUUGAAGGAGAAAGAUUGUUUGAUAGAUACUGGUGUUUAUAACGCAAUGAUUUCUAAUUUUAUUUUGUGUGGAAAUCUUGACGAGUGUAUGAAAUUCUAUAGGUGUAUGAUCAGUAGCAAUUGCAAUCCAGAUAUCGACACUUAUACCAAAAUGAUUACUGCUUUUAUCAGAGCGCGGAAAGUGGCUGAUGCACUUGAAUUGUUUGAUGAGAUGUUAAGUCGACAGAUUGUGCCAACAACGGGGAUUAUAACUUCUUUUAUUGAACCUCUUUGUAGCUUUGGUCCACCCCAUGCUGCAAUGAUGAUUCACAAGAAGGCAAGAAAGGUGGGUUGUAGUUUAUCAUUCACUGCUUAUAAGCUAUUGCUGAUGCGGCUUUCUAGAUUUGGUAAAUGUGGAAUGCUAUUAAAUAUAUGGGAUGAAAUGCAAGAAAGUGGCUAUCCAUCUGACAUGGAAGUUUAUGAGUAUGUUAUUAAUGGACUUUGCAACAUAGGGCAGCUUGAAAAUGCUGUAUCUGUCAUGGAAGAAUCUUUGCGCAAGGGCUUUUGCCCAAGCAGACUUAUAUAUAGCAGACUAAGUAACAAACUACUUGCAUCAGGUAGAGUGGAGAGAGCUUACAGGCUCUUUUUGAAGAUUAAAGAUGCUCGUAUCAAUGAAAAUGCUCGGAAAUAUUGGCAUUCUAACGGCUGGCACUUUUGAACUGUUCAUUGCUAGGCGCUAGCUAGUGCAAAUGAUAAUUAUGAUGUUACAUAACAGCAGCUUGUUUUGGCUAACCAUGCAGACAGGAAAUGAUAAUAAUAAGUUGACUGUGUUGAAUAGACCAAGUAAAUUACAGGGCUUAAUAAUGGCAAGAAGCCAACUUACCAAUGCAACGUGCCCUUUUUUUUUAUGAUGACACCGGAGAUCCUCAUAGAUUCUUGGCAUCAUCCUUGUGGAUACUCCUGUAACUAUGAGAUCAGACCGAGUGUGGAUGUACGAGUGCAGAAUUAGGAAUGAACUUAUUUCGCGGGAUAUAACAAGUUGUGUGAGCAGCAGAGUCCGACUUUGUGAGUAAGGUGGACCUGGAGCUGGACCAUUCAACUACACUUGUCUUUUCAAAUCAAUAAAUGAGCAUCAAAAUACGUAAUUUUUUGUUACAGUUUAAUUUUUAAAUAUUAAAGAAUAAAUAAUAUCACUUGUGAUAUAGGUGACAUUUUGAAAUUUGGCUGACAUUAAAAUGUAGUUCGGAGGUCUAAUCUGAGUCCGUUGUUUUUGAGAAUAUAUAAAUGUAUAUUAUUUGCUGAAAUUAUCCUGUUAAACAUGCAUAUUAAUCUACUUAUUGCACGAGAAGUUUUGCGGAAAAUUUCAAGUAAUUUAUAAUAAAUUAAUAUUAUUUGUUUUUUGUUGGACUAAAAAGAGGAUCAUCGGCCUAGCACGUAUAGGCUUUUUCUCCAUACUCGUACAAAGAAAAAUGAUGAAACUACUUAAUUGAUUAGAAGAUUGCGGCUGUUAAAGCAGGUCGUGAGGAAAUGCUUGCUCAUACUACCCGUUUUUAUAAUAUUUUAAGGGCAUUUAGUUUUUCUAUUGCACACAUUUAGUAAAUGAAAGUCAGCUGUGACUAGAGGCUUUUAAAGGCAAGAAGAACAUGCAAUUUAUGGUGUUAUGCUUCAUCUUACUACCGCUACACUCCUUGAUUGUCAGCUCCAACAUUGCAGGCUAAUUCCAAUGCUGAUACACAACAUAGGCUUGCGAGUUUGAGUUUUCCCUUCGUCUAUGCUCAGAAUUAUGGCAUGUUUCCUUCAUUGCCUUCUUCACCGCCAACUCCUCCACCAGCGGAUUCGAGAGAUCCACCACCCUCAUAUGAUCUUGAUGAUACAAUCAAUUUGGGUGAUGAUGUUUAGUUUAGUCUAGUUAUAGGGAUAUCUUAUAUUGACAAUACAUAAAUAUAUUGGAAAAUAUUUCGAAUUAUAUAUAGUUUAAUCUUAGAGAGUUUAGUA